AGAUCCCUUUCAGAAAUGGGUUGGAGAUCCCUUUCCUGAUACGGCCGAUAUUUUUUCUGGUACACAACACAUCUCUUUUUUGUACCGGUUCGGCAUAUUCCGACUGUACCGGCCAUUACGGUAUAAUUUUUAAAACUUUGACCGGAACUUUGAGGGAAGUUAGCACGACCACCAUCUCGUCCUCGUCUAAAUCCACGUCCAUGACCUUGGUUAGAUGGGGUGGAUGAAGACAAUGGCUUAGUGAUUGUAGUGUUAGCCACAAGAGGACUUCCUGAGAGGAGAGAGCGAGUUUGGUGAGCUAGUCUUGAUUCAUGACCUAAAAUAUAACUAAAGACUUGGGAUGAAGAAAGUGGUUCUGGCCAAGUCUUGAUAGAGGUAACUAUGGAUUCAUAGUCUGAACCUAAACCAGCUAAAAGGUAAAUUCUGAACUUAGAGGUAGACAGUGGGUGACCAGCGGCAAUAAGGGAAUAAGCAAGAGAUUUUGCUUUGUGAAAGUAAUCGGUGAUGGAUUUCAACCCUUUCUUUAGAGUAGCCAACUGAUAUUGAGUCUGCAUAAUAUGAGCAGAGGAUUGAGUAAAGAGAAGACUAUGGAGAGUAGACCAAGCUUCACGUGAGGUGAUGCAUUCAAGCACCUGAGCUAGAACAAUAUAGAUAAGAGAAGAAUUAAUGGCUAAAAGAAUCAACUGGUCUUGAAGAACCCAUUUCGUGUGCUAUGGGUUAAUAUGACCGUCAACUAUGGGAGUGAGUAUGGGAAUUGAACCAUUGAAAAAACCGAAUAAUUGGUGGCCUUUGAGAAAUGGUAGAAUCUGGGCUUUCUAGAGUAGGUAGUUGUCAAUGGUAAGUUUUACAGUGACAAGGUGGGUGGCCAAAUUGGUGAUGCAGGGGUUGAUUGGUGAUUUUUUGAGUUCCAUGAUGCGCAAACAAAGAAGAAGUGGACGCGAGUCUUUUUUAGAGCUCUGGUACCAUAAAAAGGAAAUGAAAAGAAAAAUACAGAGGAAUUAGGUAAUGCACAGAAGGUGCUUGACAAAAUGCUUCUUUCAUGGAAUUCCAUUUCAAAUAUAUAUUUGACUGACUCAUUUUUUCCUCAAUGCAAUAUAUUCUGAUUCUGAGAAUUUAUAGACUAUUACAAAGAUCAACAGAGAGUAUUUCACAAACAUGCACAUUGAAUCCAAGCCUGCCAACUCAGCAAUUUUGUUAUGUAAUAUUCUUCCAGAUCCUUCCAUAAUAUUCUACAUGUGCAUUCUGUUAUGGUAGAUUUGAUUCAUCAUCCUUUGAGGCUAUACCUCUUGAAUCUUCCUUUGAGGAGUGGACGUUUGAAGCAGAGAGAUCAGGAGUCUUAAUAAAUAGUGAUUUAAUGAUGUAACGGUAAGGAAUAAUAUGAAUGAUCUCUCGCAUGAUACUCGCCCAGGAUAUCAAUCUCUCACGACAAGGCAACGGAUUCAAAGUCCUAACAACUUGCAGUCCAACCAUGAUUGGAGAGGAUCAAGUCAUAAGUCAAGCCUUACUAAUUAAAGGCUCAAUCUAUAUAAAUGGAGGUCAAAGCACAUGCCAGAGCGUUCCAAGAUCUCUGCUAUUGAGGAAGUUUCUGAGCUGAAAAAACUACUUCAAAAAGAAAGUCUUCUUAGGAGGGCUGCUGAGGAGGAAGUUAAUAGUCUUAAAAGUCAACUAGCUCAAUCGAAAAGGUCAGAGGCAUCAGGGAACUCAGAGAUCAUAAAGCUUCGUAAGAUGCUGGAAGAUGAGGCAUGCCAGAAAGAGAAACUUGAAGGAGAAAUAGCAAUACUGCAUAGUCAGUUGCUUCAAAUAAGUAUUUGAAGCUGACGAGGUAUGCUUAAUUAUUUGGAACUUACAAGGCUGUGGCUUAGUUUGAAUUUAACUUUUUUGUCUGGAUGAUAUCCAUUGACGUCCUCCCUUGGAAUCUUGUAUCAUGGUCCUUGCCUUGUUCUCUCAUCUGGUAGAAAUGAAGUAUGGGUUGAUAAGAUAGUCUUGCCAGAAAUCCUUUAAUACUUGGGUUAUGUGAUCACGGAUCAUAAAUUUUGUGGGUUUGUUCAGUGUUUAUUAAUUGGACUCUGAAUGUAAAACUUUUGAAGAUUUUUUGAAAGUUGGUUUUCAUUAAGUCAAUGUUGGGAUUCUUAGUUCCUAAGGCACCUCAAUUCCUGCAAAAGGUGGGAUUUAAAAUCUUACUACUUGAGG